AUGGUGAGUUCCCCUGGCAAAUUAGAAAUGACAGUGGUAAAUGCCACUGUGAUCUUGGGAGCCAAGAAGCUCAGCGACAUCCAUUUGGAGAGAAAACAAGUGCAAAAGAUCAUCGUUCACAAAGAUUACAAGCCGCCCCACUUUGACAGUGACCUCUGCCUGCUCCUGCUUGCCACGCCAGUGGAGUUCACUAACUUCAAAAUGCCCAUCUGCCUGCCACAGAAGCAGAGCACCUGGGACCGGUGCUGGAUGGCUGAGUGGGUAUCAUCGCCUGGUUACGGUAGGUGCUACAAAGGCUUUAACAUGCAACUGAAGAAGCUGAGGGUGGUUCAGAUUAGCUGGAGACAAUGUGUCAAGAGAGUGAGUCAGCUCUCCAAGACCAUGCUUUGUGCCUGGAAGGAGCCUGACACCAAUGGCAAAUGCCAGGGAGAUGGCGGGGCACCCAUGGUCUGUGCGAACUGGGGAUCUCCGAGGCUCUUCCAAGUUGGCGUCUUCAGCUGGGGUGUGAGCUCAGGAUCCAGGGGUAGACCUGGCCUGUUUGUAUCUGUGACUCAAUUUAUUCCAUGGAUCCUGGAGGAGACGCAAAAGGAGGGAAGAGCCCUCACUCUCUCAGGAGCACAGAGAAGCCCCUUGACAUGUAGUCCAUGGUUCCCCAUAUUGCUGAGCUUGGGGUCUCAAAUGCUGCUUGCUGCUAUGUUUGCUGGUGAUAAAUCAGAAUUCUGA